UUACAAUCCCAAAAUCUCUCAUUUGUCUUCUUUCUCUUCUUUCUUCUGCUCUUCCAUUCUUUCUCUCCUUAACAAGAGGGAAAGAACUUCAUUUCACUUUCUUUUUCUUCCUCGGUUGUUUUUCAUAUAUAUCAUGGGUGCCUGCGCUACCAAGCCUAAGGUCAAAGCCGAUGACAUGCUUGUCAUCCCCGCACCCGAACCUGUUGAUCAUGACAUGGUGAAGAACACCGAGGAAGUUCAGGUCGUGGAAGAGGAAAAGAAGAUCGAUCAAAACGAUGAAAAGAAGAAGGAAGACAAUGAGAAAGUUGUCGUCCAGGAGGAGAAGCCCCCGUCUCUCGCCUCCUUGCUCGUUGAGAAGGAAGCUGCUCCGGUGAUGGAAGUUUCGAGUGAGACGACGGCCGAGGAGAAGCCGAAAGCAGAGCCACCGAAGGAAGCGGUGGCGCCAACAACUGCAGCAGCAGAAGAGAAGAAAAGCGAAGAGAAACCAAAAGAAAAGGAGGAGAAAAGCGUAUGAUUUGAAGAAGAAAGAAAUGACGAAACGCUCUUUCACUUAGAAAUCUAAUUUUCGCUUCUGAUGAAAAGCUAUUCAUUAUUCAAUAUGCUGCGUAAAGAUUGGUAAUCUUUUCUAAGGUGUG